GUCCCCAUGCUAUAGAGCUUAGAAUAUGUGUGUGUACGUGCUUGCAUGUGUGUAGAAAUACUAUUCGUUUCUAAUACUCGUCAGCGUGUGUGUAGACAACAUAAGGAAUUUAACCUAUUCAAGAAAUAUUACGUGGGUCAUAUGUCAUGGGACGUGAUGAACAACAGUGUAGUGGGGAAAACAAUAAGUAAUGGGCAGGAAAGAGCAAGAGGGGCGAAGACAUCACGUAGGGAGAGACUCGUAACAAGAAACGGUUUCGUGGAAGAGCAGGCAGUCCGCAGGCAACAUUCGAACGCCGUUGCCUUACAAAAUAUCUGUUGCUGCUCAUGGUGACCACCGUUCUACAUUUGUUAAAUGAAUAUCGCAUAAGCUGAAGAAAUGGGAACAGCAACUUUAGGAUGGACUGAUUAUGCUGUUAUUGCACUUACAAUGUGCAUUAGCAUAGGAAUAGGACUCUAUUAUAGAUUUUCAGGUGGUCGACAAAAAACUACUCAGGAAUAUUUUUCUGCAAACAAAUCGAUGAGUAUCAUUCCAGUUGGUAUAUCACUUAUGGUAUCAUUUAUGUCAGCAAUCACAUUACUUGGAGUAUCUAAUGAAAACUAUAGAUUUGGCACACAGUUUGUUGUAAUCAAUAUAGCUUAUUUAAUAGGCACACCUAUAAUUUGUUAUGGAUUCUUACCUGUAUUUUACAAACUUGAAGCAGUUAGUGCUUAUGAGUACUUAGAAAAGCGUUUUGGCUAUGGAGCUCGUUUAGCAGCUAGUUUUGCGUCAUGGAUCCAGUUACUUUUAUAUUCUGCAGUAGUUUUAUAUGCACCAGCCAUAGCAUUAGAGACUACAACAGGACUGUAUGGAAAUUGGUGUAUAAUUUCUAUUGGUUUAGUAUGCGCUUUCUAUUCUGCAAUAGGAGGAAUUAAGGCUGUCUUAAUAACUGAUGUCUUCCAAGGGAUUCUUAUGUUUGUCUCACUUUUUAUUGUAAUUAUUACUGCUGCUCAUAAAAUGGGUGGUUUGACUGAAAUUUGGCACAUCGCUGCUCAAGGUGGGCGCAUUGAAUUUGAUAACAUAUCUUUAGAUCCUACUGUUCGCCACACAUGGUGGGGCCUUUUAAUUGGAGGUUUGUUCACUUUCCUUUCCCUUUUUGGAGUAAACCAAGUUCAAGUACAACGUAUAAUGACUCUAAAGAGUUUGAAAUCAGCUAGAAUAGCUUAUUGGCUUAAUUGGCCGAUUUUAACAUGGCUUUCAGUGACAACAUGUUUUAGUGGCCUUGCAAUAUAUAGCUAUUAUCAUAAUUGUGAUCCGAUAAAAGAUGGAAAAAUAUCUGCACCUGAUAUGUUGAUGCCAUAUUAUGUAAUGAAUACAUUAUCACAUUUACCAGGUAUACCUGGUUUGUUCAUAGCUGGAAUAUUUAGUGCUAGUUUGAGUACAAUAUCCGCAGGCUUGAACUCAUUAGCAGUAGUUACUCUAGAAGACUAUCUCAAACCAGUUUACACAACAUUUUCAGGCCGUCAACUUUCAGAGUCUAAAUCUAUAGUAUUAGGAAAGCUCUUUGUAAUUAUUUUUGGAGUUGCUUGUAUUGCAUUAGCUUUUGCAGCUCAAUUAUUAGGAGGAGUACUACAGGCUAGUUUAACUAUUUUUGGUGCUGUUGGUGGGCCACUGCUUGGUAUUUUCACUUUGGGAAUGUUAAGUGAAUCUGCAAACCAAAUUGGUGCUAUAACUGGCGUUUUAAGUUCUCUUGCAUUUACACUAUGGAUUGCUUUUGGUCAACCGAGACCCCCAUUAAUACCUUUACCAUCGUCAACCUUGGGCUGUGAUAAUAGUCCCUUAAGUACAGAUAUUUUUAACACUACUGAACCAGUCACAGAGUUGUUAGUUAGUCCUUCGAGUUAUUUAUCUUAUUUUUACCUGUACCGAAUCUCUUAUAUGUGGUAUAGUGCUAUUGGAUUUACAAUCAUGAUGACAAUUGGAUACAUCGUAAGUCAAUUAACUCGUUGCAUGUGCAAUAACCGUAAUGAAGACUUGAAUCCAGAUUUAUUUUUCCCUUGUAUUGCAAAACGAAUAAUGCUUCGAAGAAAUCAAGGACAGGAAAUAAAUGCUAAUAAUUUAACGUCCGAUGCACUUUACGUUUUUAAUCACAAGAACAGAAAUUCUGAUAAAUAUAAAGAUCAAAAUAGUCAAUUUUAAUGUUAAAUUGUUAAAUUAAUGCAUAGUACUUAUAUUUUGCAAGAAGUUUCAAAGUGUAUUAAUUCUAUUUGUGAUGAAUUUUAUAUGAAAAUAUGAAAAUCGAAACAAAUAUUUUAUGCUUAAAAUUAAGGAAUUUUGUUUAUCAUUUAUGUAUUAUUUUGAGAAAUUACAAACAGUUUGAUUUUAUUUUCACUAAUUUUACUUAUUGUACGGAAACUUUUAAUCAACAUUGGUUUUGAACUUUACUACAUUCCUUUAUUGUUAUUACUACUAUUACUAUAAAUACUACUGUUAUAUUAUUUGAUAUGUACUUUAAAUGAAAAUUUGUGUGUGUGUGUGUGUGUGUGUGUGUAGAAGAGUGAGCUAUCUGCAUAAUUGUUAGCUCGGAACCCAAUGCUUUGAUGUAUACGGACAAUAAUAUGUGAUGAUGCGUCAUCACACAAAUAUUUCCGGCACUGCGGCAGAACAGCCACGACCGCAUACACCGCCCACGCACUCCCGGAUCUCGCGAACUAUGACCUCUAGAAACCUCCCUGACCGAUUCGCACGACCCUUACGCUCGCGUACAACCCCUCGCGCACUCACGACCCGAUCCGACCCUCCCCCGGGGAGCUAGAAGCCCCUAAAGUUUUCAGCCGCGAUCAGCUGAUCGCAAGCCCCCGUUAGUUAAGGCAGACCUAGCUAGACUAGAAGUAGGAGCGACCGAGCGCGUGAGAGCGAGCGAGACCGCCGAUGCUAGACCGAUCGGAAGCGAGCGAGGGGAAUCGGUAAGACCAACGAGCGGUAGAUAGAAGAGGAUAGACAAGCGACGCUAUCUGACCAGCCAAUCGUUAUCGGCUUAGGGGUGGUUAGACUUAUGAGAGAAAACCGACGCUAUCUUCGCGACCAGUAGGCAAAUUAGGCGCGAAGGACCGACCAAUAAAUAAAUUGCGCGGGUAAAAAACAUCAAAAUAGACGGCGCUGAGACCUGGCUUAGCAACAAGCUAGCCAAUCAACAACAACGAAGGGGAAGUAAACUAGGAGAAGCGGCGCGUCGCCGAAAAACGGCGCGCGAGUAGUAACCGUUAAGCCUCGACGGAAGGACGUCCGCCGAGCCUCGCUGUUGCGCGGUACGAAGAAGUGAGUGAGAAUAAGGGAAAUAGUAGAAGAAGCUAGUGAUAGAAAUAGAGAAAGAGAUAGUGAAAGUGGAAACAGUAGAAGAAGCUAGUGAGAGAAAUAGAGAAAGAGAUAGUGAAAGUGGAAACAGUAGAAGAAGCUAGUGAUAGAAGUAGGCAUAAAGAGACAGUGAAAGUGGAAAUAGUAGAAGAAACUAGUGAUAGAAGUAGGCAUAACAGAAAUAACGAAUAGCAAUAAAAUAAAAGGAUAACGAUAACGAAAAAAUAACAGAAAUAAUAGAAUAAAGAAAUAGCGAUAGCAGAAAUAAUAGAAUAACGAAAUAACGAUAACAGGACUAACGGAAUAACGAUAACGGAAAUAACAGAAAAAUAAUAGAGUAAAAUUAAUAGAAUAAAUCUAACGGAAUAACGAUAACACAAGAGUAAGUACCCUUCCCUUACUAUCGAUUUUCUAUGCAUGAUCAAUAAUCGCGAGUUUGCCGCGCAUUGUCGACCGCCGCGUUUUCGGGAGUGCCGUACGACCUUCGCGCGUCCGACAGUAGUAUUCGACCGCUUAUUGCUAACCACCGAAAAUCCUUUGUCGAACCGGCGUAUAAUCAUUGCCCGCAAUUUGAAGUUGUCGAACGCUCGCGUUUCCGGGAGUGCCGCAUGACCUUCGCGCGCAUUAUACCUUGACCGAAACGUUGCCGUUAUCCCCAAGUUUCUUAUUACGUUGUUUCUUUGUUCCGCGCCUGAAAUAAUCGCAUGACCGCCGAAUGUUCGCGCACGGAAUCCCGCACGACCUUCGCGCGCCCGUUGCCAUUGCUGUAUAUGUUUUCGCCACCGACCUUUCGGGAAUAGUUUUGAGUCACCGUGUUGCUAUCAUCCGUGGAGCGAGUUUCCUUAGCGCGCGUCUUUGAAUUCCUUCUGAGUCGAUCUAAACAUCGCACCAGCCGCGUUAGACCUUCAUUCGACCGGUAGGAUUCGGAUACAUUCGCUUUUAUUUUGUUCGCGAUCGUCGCUAUAGGUAUCGUCAACACCACGAACAGCAGUCAACCUUCGCGCGACCGAUCGAAUUCCUGAGCGUAAUUGUUUUGAACGAGCUGGAAUUUUCCGCGAAUAGAUAAACCGACGUUACGUAUCCGAACACUAUCUGAAGCCCGAAGCGUUCGACCAAGCCAUUGUUCGUCUAAGCCGACUUCGUGCCGUAGUACGCCACUCGCGUCCCCGAUAACCCAAAUUAGGCUGACCAUAGCAACGGGUAGACCACUGGGGUUGACCUGGGGUUUUUCUUUUGCGUAAUAAAUCCGAAUUAUCUUUACAUCCGACUUA